UCUCUCACGGCCCAAACCUCCGUUAGUUUGAGCUCAGGCAGGAAAACGCUCAACAUGAACGUCUCUGCAGAUCCCACUACUCCAGGUUUCCAGAGGAGCGGAGAGGAGCUGCCCGUUUCUGUGGACGAACUACGGCAGCUGAUAGAGGACAAAGUUAGCGUCCUGUGGUUAGCGACUGCAGACAACCAGCAGGGUUCGGUGUUGGAGGAGAACCCAGAACAGGAGCUGUCACGGUUUGCUGCUCUGAGUCAGGACUUGACCUUUCACCUCCAGGAGCUGCAGAGCCGAACGGAGCAGGAGCUCAGAAACAUCCAAACACAACUGUGUGAGAUCGAAGGCCGCCUGCAGCAGCUGACCGCCGAGCCGCCCGACCUUCAGCAGAAGAAGAAACGGACAGAAGAAGAAGAAGCGACGACCGCUUCCCGCCCUCAGACGACCGCCAAGUUUGAGGCCAUCGUAGCCGAUCGUUUGAUCCGGUGUGAACAGCUGGUGUUCCAGGAGCAGGCACUGAGCGCGCUCCGUGACCUGCUGACCCUCGACCUGCACAGGUACCAGGAAGAGAGCCGCAAACUCACCUGCUUCACUGAGAAGAUCAUCGGCCGAUCGCACAGGUCAAACGGAGAGAAAACCUUCAUCUGUGCAGAAGAAAGUAUGCAAGGAAAGAACGAGGCGGCGCCGGAAAAGAACAUGCAUCGGCCAGUAAGUUCCCAGAUUCCCAGUAAAGAGGGAUCAUGUGGCGGCCAUGUUGGUUCCAACCUGCGGCGAGCUGACAGCAUCAAAGACCUGCUGAGUCGAUUCUCCGGUCCGACUCCGUACUUGUUUUCAUCCCAGAGCGCUUUCUCUGGACACAGACGAGUCCUCAGGUCGGUUUCCAUGGAGUCGCUGAACUCUUCCAAGUCCAAGCUGAGUGUUUUCACGCCGAGUGCCAUCGAGGAGGUCAGGAGUUCGACUCCCACCGUCACAGCGACUCCAUCCGAAGAUGCCAAACAGAACGAGGCGGAGUCGACUAAGAAGGGAGCCAAAUCUACGGAUAUAACCACCAGGGUUGAGUGUCCAGUAGAGGGCAGCACUCAGACGACGGAUUCAGAAACGACGAGCAAACCGAAAACUCCAAAGUCUGGUAGAGACUCAGUGGCCGACUCUGGCUUGGGAUCGGAGUCAGAAGUGGAUUCCAGCAAGCAGUCCGACAGCCCGUCCGAGGAGGAGCCAUCCACGCCCAGAGCCACCAUGGUCACCCAGAACCCCAAGUACCAGCUUCUGCUGAACCACGAUCUGAAGACCAACGGGCUGAGCAGCAGGGAGGCCAACGGGCCAGGCGGCGGGUCGAUCGGAGACAAAAGCCCCCGGCUCUCCAGAUGGGAGACCACCCGGCUGGGAUCGAACAACUUCCGCGGGUCCCUGGAGUCCCUGGCCUCUCGGGACUGGGACACGGGUUCUGACAGGACGGGCAUUGUCGACAGCCCUCCCCGGGUCUUCAACAGUCCGUACGCCACGACCACGUCCGUGGAUUACACCCCGACCUACAGGAUGUCCGAGUACAAGGUUCAGGGCGGACUCUCCCCCGCCACCUCAGAGAUGAACCUGUUCAGCUUCAACAGCCGCAGCACCAGCCCCAUCGGCAUGCCAACGCCCUCGCUGACCUCCCAGCGCACACGCUUCUCCACCUACGACACCCUGAGGAGAAGGCCCGAGAUGAACAACACGCAGGUGGCGCCUGUUCACUACAGCUUGCGCUCCGCCACAUUGGGAGCGCCGAAUAAGAAAGACUUCAUAGAAGAACUGACCAAACAACUGGACGUCUGUCAGAAGCGCAACACGUUCCUGGAAGCAGAGAGCGUCGAGAUGGAGAAAGAAAGGAACCAGAUCAGGUUUGAGAUGCGCGCCCUGCUGGUGAACAACGAGGACCUGCUGAGGACCAACGCCCAGCUGAACAACGAGCUGAAGAGAACCAGAGAGCAGAUUAUUGAGAUGGACAAGGAGAGCCAGGGCCUCAGAGAGAGAUGCCGAGAGAUGGAGAUUGAGGUGAAGGAUGCCCGGGAAAUGAUGGUGGAGGCCAAUAAUCAGGAGUACGCCUUCAACUUCCUCCAGCAGUCCCUGAAGAACAAGAUCCAGGACGCUGAGGACAACCUGGAGAAGCAGACCCAACACGCCCAGUCUCUGGCCGAGAAGCUGUGGCUGGCAGAGAGGCAGCUGGAGGAGAUGGAGGUGGACAAAGAGACCCGAGACAAGAAGACGUCUGAGCUCAACAGCACCAUCCUCAGGCUGGAGGAGGAGCUCAGCGAGGCUCUGCAGUCGUCCACCCAGAACUCAGCAGAAGUGAACCUCCACCUGAAGCUGCGUGAAGACGCCCAGAUGAGGGUGGAGGAGCUGGAGGAGGCGCUGCUGGAGAAGGACCAGGAGGUCCAGAAGCUGCAGCUGCUGGUCAGCAAGCUGCAGGGAGAGGUGUCCGGGAAGCUGAUCGAUAAGGAGCGCAGCCUGGAGGAGGAGAUCCAGCUGCGGGAGCGGCUGCAGCUGCAGUGCAGGCAGGCCGAGCGCACGGUGGACGACCUGACCAUGGAGCUGCACAGCACCAACCAGGCCAAGGACGACCUGGCCAAGCAGGUCAAGGUGGCCCAGGAGAAGCUGAUCGACGUGGAAACGGAACUGGAGGAACUGCUGGAGAGCGAGCAGCGCUGGGCCGCCAAGCACAAGAAGACCAUUGAGCAGACGGAGCAGCUGCAGCUGAAGCUGAUCCAGGAGAAAGAUCUGAAUGACCAGCUGGAAAUGGAUAAGACCUUCAUGGAGAGACAGAUCAGGGAGCUGCGUAUGGAAGUGGAGGAGCUGCAGAGCUCCAGGGUUCAGGAGGACGUUGUGUCCCGGGCCGAGAGCCGGGCCAAGGAGCUGGAGAGCGCGCUGAGGGCCGAGGAGAGAAACAAGGCGACUCUGACAAACUCCAUCAGUAAACUGGAGAGGAAGAUCAACGAGCUGAAUGACCAGCUGGAGGAGGAAACCCGCAUCGCUAACGAGCAGAAAGAACUGAUGACCCAGAGGAUGCGCACGCUGAAGCGGCAGCUGAACGAGGCGGAGGAGGAGGCGACCAGGAAGGAGGCGCAGUACCGCCACCUGCAGAGGGAGCUGACGGAGGAGAGGGAGACGAGCAGCCGGCUGCAGCGGCAGCUGCUGGACCAACACCUGCAGACCAAGCGUAAAGACAACCUGACGAUCCGUCAGACUCUGGACAACCUGAGGUUGGACCUCAGCGGAGACGAAGACGACGAAGAGGAGAAGCCGCUAAGUGAACAACCAACCAGCGUGACUAAAGUUUAACCCUCCAGCCCACCUUCCUGUGGGGAAAUGGAUUAAUUUGACAGGAAACCAGCAGAUCUGCAGCAGCAGAAACACAGAAUGACUUUCAGCUGCUUGGAAAUAAUCUCAUGUUGCCGGGAAAGUUCUUCACUUUUAACUAGCUGAGAAAUUCAUUGAGAUGAAAUCUGGUGCCAGGUUGUAGCAAACACUUUCUGUUUUCAGGUCCUUCCUGCCAUGAAAACACAAAACAUCUUCAAAUCAGGAUUCUCUUUUUCUCUCUUCAUGUUUUUAAGAAGUUAAAUUCCUCGGCGCCCUCUGCUGGUGGACACCAUGAACUACAACCGCUUCAUUUUGCACUCAGCUGCUUUUCUUUCAAAAUGUUUAUAGGAGAUGUGAUCUAGAAGAAAACUUUGAGGAAAAUGUUUGAGUUUCUUCUAAUAGAAAAUAUAGAAUAAGCUUUAAGAAGAAAACUGUCUGAGACGCCUCGGUUUUUAUUUUCUGUACAGAAACUCGUUUAUCUGCAGUAUUUGUGUUUAAGAUGCUUCAACGGGUCGUGAAAGUGUCUGUGGGAUCUUUGAUCGUGGCUUUUUUCAUCUCAAUCACAGCAAAGAUUAUUUAUAUGUCUUGAAGUCUUUCUGGGACAUCUUAAAAGUUUAAUUUUUUGCAUAUUUAAAGGGUUUGCUGCUGUUUAAUGUAACUCUGCCGUUUAUGUAAAGAAGUUGUUUGAACAUUUAACGGGGCGAGGAAACCGUUCACCUUCUGUCGUCUGCAACGAAAGGAAAUCAGAAAUAUAACCUUUGACUCCAUAAGCAGAUUGAUUUCUGCCGUGUUUACAAUGUUUCUCAUUUUAAACCAGCACAAACAUUAGGUUUUAAAUCUGAACGCCACAUUUUGUUUUCUCUCAUAUUGGGUAUUUAUUUUUCGCCCUUCGGUACAAAAUAAACUUUAACUUUGACUAA